AUGGUUCGCGGAAAGCGGCAGGGAACCCGGCAGGGAAGGCGCCAGGGAACCCGGCAGGAAACUUCUCAAGGAAACCCCGUACUUGACACCGAGGCAGAAGACUCGAGCGCCCCUCCGCCUGCACCUGUUUCUGAACCGUCCACUUCCGAAUCCUCUGGGAGAGGAAAGAAGCGCCUUUCCGGCCCUUUGUCUCAGCUUAUCCUGAAGGCUUUCGAGGGCGCCAACUCGCGGAAAGGCGUGUCGCUGGCAGCCCUGAAGAAAUUCCUCAGGGAAGGAGGGUACAACCUGAACAGGAACAAAAAUAGCCACCUCAAACGGGAGCUGCAUAAACUGGUAUCGAAUGGGGUCUUGGUCCGCAAAACCGGCAGCGGCGCUUCGGGAUCCUUCAAGCAAGGCGCGAAAACCCUGCCGAAGAAAUCUGCCAAGCCUGAGGCGAGGAAUGUGAAGAAAACGGCGGCUGCCAAGAAAAGGCCGGCGUCGGGAAGCAGGGAGCCGAGAAAGAAGUCGCCGAAGAAACAGCCGGCCGUUUCUAAGCCAAAAGGUGUCCGAAGUAGUAGAAAGACAGCCGUCCCUGGCAAGAGACGCCAGCUCGACAAGCGUUCAACGGUGAAAGGUUCUUAAAUACAGUACAAAGAAAACCCAGCAGUUUAAUGCUGUAUCUUUAAAAAGGCUCUUUUAAGAGCCACUCAAGACUCGCUGAAAGAGCUGCUGCAUUUCCAGAUUAAAAACGCGCUGCUUAAAGACAACUGAA